AUGUUAACUGUUCAGUUGAUUGAUUUGAAUAGACGUCACAGUCAACAACAACAACAACAACAACAACAAAAGCAGCAACAGCAACAGCAGCAGCAACAACAACAACAACAACAGUUGAAUUUCAAUGAUCAUCAUGAUUACUGCAAUGGUGACUAUCUAACUCGAUGUCAUCAUUUAUAUCUUUUGUCACAAAAUGAUAUUGUUAAUCCACAAACUCAGAUAACAGCUCUUACAUUGAAUACCUCAACAUAUCUUAAUAAUAAUAAUAAUCAUGCAACUGAUUCUAAUAUUCAUACUAGUCACAACAGUAGGUCAGCAUUUGUAAAUUUUAAAAAAAUUCACACCAAACAUUAUUGUUCUUCAACAGUUGAUAUUAAUCCUUAUUCCGAUUCUAUGAUCAAAUAUCAUUUGGGCAAAAUUAAAGAAUUAAGACAAGAUGAAGCCAAGGGAAUGGAACAACAACUCAGUAACAUUAAUAAUAAUAAUAAUAAUAAUUCCCAACAAAUGAAAUCAAGUGAAGAUUUUGAAUAUGAUCAAUUCGAAGCCCAGAAUAGUCAUAAUCAAUCUCAUCAGCAUCAGGAACAGCUUAUUUUUAAAACAGAAGAACUAACAGUUGAUGAAUGUCAAGAAGAACAAAAUCCAUUAACAUCUGUCAGAUGGAAUGAUGCUCAUGACAAUAAUGAUGAUGACGCUGAUGAAAUUAAUGAUUGUUCUAUGCCAGUAACAGAAGGAAACAGUUCUAUUCAACAAAAUAAUUCAUCUGAAGAUAUAAAAUCUUUAAUUUUGAGAAAUUUAAUCUGUUCAUCGGAUGAAAUGAAAAAUUUUCAGUGUGCAAAUUUCUAUCCAAAAUUAUGGAAUUCAAUUAAAAAUGAAACCGAAUUUUCAAUGAACCUUAAUCUUCCUUUUUCGAUACUAAAUAAUUCAAUGAAUUCAGUGGACAAUAAUCAGAACGCUGAAAACAGUGAUUAUGAACUUCCUACUGUAGGAUGCAAAAAUUUAACCUAUGAAUUCGCAAGAUCUAAUUUUCAUAAUUUGUGUAAUUAUACGGAAUCACUUUUGUCGUUAACAACAACAUCAUCAUCGUUGGAAUUAUCAGCUGUAGAAUCAUCAUUAUCAUCAGAGGGAAAAGGAGCAGAAAGAACAAUUUCACAAUCACUUCAACCAUUAGUUAAUUUACAUUGUACUUCAUGUUAUGAAAGUAUACAUGAUAAAUUAUUCUUGUGUAUGGAUAAUAAAUAUUGGCAUUUAAAUUGUUUAAGAUGUUAUAAAUGUGGUAUCACAUUGCAAUGGGAGAAAACAUGUUUUGUAAAAAAUGAUAUGGUUUUUUGUCGUGAACAUUACAAAAAGCUUUCUUCUUGUUGCCGAUGUGGAAUAAGACUAAAUAAGAAUGAUUUAAUUUUUCAAGUUAGUUAUGAUACUUUGUACCAUGAAUUGUGUUUCACUUGUCACAGCUGUGGUCGACUAUUAAAAUAUGGUGAUACUUAUAAACUAGAAGGUCAAACCAUUCAAUGUUCAUUACACGAUAAUCAUACUACUAAUGAUCAGUCAUUUAUUAUGACUAAAACAUUGGCAUCAUCCGAGUUAUUGACUGAAGGGAAUCAUUCCUACAUUCACUCUACUCUUCCACAAUCGCAUAAUUCUUUAAAUAGAAAUAUUAAAUUUCCUAAUUUGACAAACUUUUUGAGGUCAACUAACCCAAAAUUUUUACAUGUAGAAAAUGACAGUUUUCGCACAAAAUGUACAACAAUACUAAAGGAUUAUUUGCCUAGUUCACUAUUGAAAUCCUCUUAUGAACCUGAACAUCGGCAUGGUGUACCAAUCAUUUAUGAAGCUGAUGAUAAAAAUUAUGAUUUAAAUAAUAAUACUCAAGAGAAUACACAUGAAAAUCUUCCAGUUAUUCAGUUAUGUGAAAAAAAUCCACAGAAAAAUGUAACUAUUAAAUUUAUACCAGAACAAUUAACUACUUCACUCUUGUCUACUCCAACACUGUCGGAGAAGACUGAAUUGUCAAGUGUUGCACGUCAGAUUGGUGAUUGUCAAAAUUAUUUAAUUAAAUCUAACAAUGAAGAUGGCAGUAAAAGUCUUCUCGAUUGUUCGCAAAGUUUCAUUAAAAAGUUUGCUUAUGACGAAAAAGAUUCAAACAAAUUGAACAAUCCACAGUUUUGUUUAAACGAUACAAAUAAUGAUUAUAUUAACGAAUAUAUAAUUUCGAAAUCGAAAGAAUUUAAUGAUAAUUACAUUGAUUCAGAUGAAACACAAGAUAUCAUGGAGUCUGACAGACAAAUGAUUAACUUACUACCGAGUAUAGAAACUGUAACUCACUCAUUCACUUCUAAAUCAAAUAUUAUAAUUGAUAGUAUAAAUAAUGAAAUUAAUGCAAAUUGCUUGUUGAAUACAGUCUCUACUAGAACAUUGACUACUGCAACUGCAGCUUCACCGUUACAUUCAUUCUGCUCCCCUUCUUCAUCUUCCUCUCCUGCUUUAUCAUCAAUAUGUAUCACAGUAUCAACCUCGUCACCAUUAUGUACCCUUGGAAAUUUUACAGGUGUCAGUUCUGCAUCAAAAACCUGUAUAUCUGUAAAUAAAAAUGCACAUAACUUAAUUGCGUUGGAAGAAACUAGUCAAAAUCAUCAUACAGACAAGAGGGAAUUAUUAAUGUUAACGGAUUUGUGCAAAACUUCAACUGACAAUUACAGCGAUAAUGUUGGUUCAGUUGUCAAGCAACAAUCUUUCAAUCAAACAAAUGAAGCGAUGAAUAAAACAUCUAUGAAAUCUAUUAAUUUAUUCAGAAAUACAAAGACGGAACAGAUGAAGUCAACAAGAUCAUUAAAAUUUAUAAAAAAAUCAGAAGAUGAACGUUUAACGUGCAGUGAAAAACUCCACAGACGAAUGGACAAAAACACUGGAAAAAUCAAACGAAUACGUACAUCAUUUAAGCAUCAACAAUUAAGAAUUAUGAAAUCCUACUUUGAAUUCAGUCAUAAUCCGGACUCGAAAGAUUUAAAACAAUUAUCACAAAAAACUGGUUUAUCUAAGCGUGUAUUACAAAUUCGGUUGGACACUAUGAAAAUACAGGUUUGGUUUCAAAAUGCACGUGCUAAAUUUCGUCGGAAUUUAACUAAUCAUAUUUACUCAGAUAGACUGAAACAGAAAGAAAUUAAUUCAGUCACUCAAUAUCCUACUACACAAAACAUGAAUCAAGUGAAUGAGGUAAAUUGUCAAAAUUUACUAGACAGAAAAUUAUAUUCUUGUUUAAAUACAUAUGAUUAUUCGGAAGAAAAAACUGCUAAUUUUUAUCCAAAAUCAAUCGCUUCAGAUUUUAACAUUUAUGUUCGUCUUCCGUCAAAUUCAAACAAUGAACAAUUAAUAGACAGUUCAACACUUCAGAAUGAUAUUAAACCUGAUUUAAAUUGUUCCACAAGUAAUUUAUCAUCUUAUCCUGAUAAUUUACCACAAUCGGUUCGGUGA